CCAAGUCACAACUCAAAACCAACAAAUUUACAAAAAGGAAAAAAAACAUACAAAAAUGAGUGUUGAGUUGUUAGAUGGUGCCAUCAUUCUCGGCUUUAUCGAAGACGAUGAAGCGUUCAAUGGUUCGGUACAAGAUCGGUUCGCUUACUUGGAUACGAACCAUGACGGGCAGUUGUCAUAUUCGGAGAUGUUGAAAGAACUACAGUCUUUAAGAAUGAUUGAAACCCAUUUUGGGAUUGAUGUGAAACCCGACCCUGAAGAGCUCUCUCAUGUCUAUGACUCGUUGUUUCUUCAGUUUGACCGUGAUUCAAAUGGAGCGGUGGAUUUGGAGGAGUUUAAAGCCGAGACAAAGAGGAUGAUGCUUGCUAUGGCGAAUGAUCUCGGUUUGUUGCCUGUUCAGAUGAUAUUAGAUGAAGAUAGUUUCUUGAAGAAAGCGGUUGAGAGGGAGGUUAUGAAGUUGAAUUCUAAUGUAUCUACUUAAUUUGUGUACCUUUUCCAAAAUUUUGGUGUCCUAUAUAUGGUUUUGUAUUUGCUAACAAGAAAUAAAAGAGUGUGCAAUAAAAUAAAAUAAAUUGUCAUGUAUA